GGCUGUGCAAUAUCAGAUCGGCUAUGAAGGCAUUAUUGGUUAAAAUAUUAUCAAACUCGACUACCGCUAAAGAAAAUGCGUUAUGCCUCUUGAGCUCUAAUUUGAAUCUAGUGGGAAUUUACAAGCCAACUGUUUAGUAGCUAACCUAUCAUGCGCUCUUCGUCGACCACUUCUCGGAUCUCACCGACGGAAUGGGAACAGCGCAAAGACAGGAUUAUCCACUUGUACUUAAAUCGAGGACUUAAACUUCUCGGUCAUGAUGGGGUCAUUGAAACGAUGAAGAGGGAAGGCUUUUCCGCCACAAAAUCCCAAUACGAAACGCAACUACAGAGAUGGGAUGUACGGAAGAACAUGACUUCAAAGAAAUGGACGGAAAUAUUUUCCCAGAAUCAGGAGAGCCCGGGGACAGGAGAUGCGAGGGAGAUAUAUCUUUCGGGCAGAUUAAUAUCGAGUCCCAGAUUGAAAACAGCGCAACGUCGCUACGGACCUAGAAAAAGACAGGCGAGGAACGCAACUCGUGGUGAUGGCCAUACGUCUCUCGAAAACAUGCCACUCUCUGUCUCGAAUCAAGGCAUACAAGCAUCUGGCGAACAAGCCUCAUCCGAAACCAUCAACUUGAUACCUCCUGGACCUGGCCCUCUGAAUGGCAUGCAAGCCGCGGAAGCUGUCAACGUUUUCAAUACCAACUCGGACAUUCACCAAGCAAACGAUUCAGUCACAUCUAUUCCUCAACUAGGGGAAAAUGAUAGCUUAAACUUAACACCAAGCAUCGCUCUUAAUGCCCAUACCAACUCUGGAGAUUCAUUCACGUUGGACCCCGGGGGAUUUACGGACAUCAUUGAUAUGGAUUUCUCUCAGCCACUAGAUUUAAGUCAAAGUAUCAUUGAUAUUCCAUUAGAUAUGGACGCAAUGCUAGCUCCAUAUAACGCGUCACUGGAUUCUUUACACUCAAGUCAGUUGAACCUCACUGGCAUGGUUUCCUCGGGAGAUAUGCGGAUUAGUACGCUCCCGUCUACCGAAAUCAUAAAUAUGGUGUUCUAUUAUAUCUCGAAAAACAGUCCUAAUUCUUCAGCCUAUAGCUCUGUAUCGAAUGUUGCCCGGUACAGUCUAGUAGGGCAAUUCAUAGCCGAUGUAACCACAUCGCUUUCAAGCAAUUAUGAAUUGCUUCCUCGCGACCCUCCAUCCGCUAAAGCGUUUCCCCAAAUCCUCGAGAACUUAGUCUCAAGUGAAAAUUUCCUUGGUGAAGAAGAGGGACAGUUUGCUAUGCUUUCGGCAGAUGACGCCUUUGAAUGUCGCUUUCUCAGUAGGCUUCUUACGUCAUUUGUUAAUGGCUGUGCAGGCAUGGGAGAUAUUCGACCCGGCGGUAUUUUGAGAUUCCUCAGCGUCCGGUAUGACAUAAAGUCACUUAUAUUCCAGCUCAUGAAGUACAGUUCCACUUAUACGGCGAAAUCUUUGGCUGAGAUAAUGUUUCAAGCUGCUUUAGAAACAGAUAAUGAUAAAGUAGCCGAGCUCCUACUAGAAUUUGGGUUCGUCGAUGCAAAUGAGACCGUCUGUUUCGAUGAAGGUGAGAGAUACACGCCGCUUCAGAAGGCCGCAGGACAACGGUCCUUCAGGAUCAUGAAGCUUCUCAUCGACCUGAAAGCGGACGUGAAUAAGUCACUGCACUCCGACAGUACACUUCAGUCACUUAUUUUCAAAGCCAAUCAAUUAUCAACGCUUACCGAAGAAUUCUUAUCUACAAUGGAUUCUAUUUUAAAGGCUGGGGCCAUUAUCGAGAAGGAAAUGCUCGCGCAUGCAAUCAAUAAAGUUGUUGAUCCUCGCUUAGCACGACUUCUUGUCGAGAGAACGGCUUUUCGAAUACCCAAAUAUUUCAUUUCCAACGAAACCUUUGUCGUGGGUAUUACCAAGAAUUUCAAUGAAGUCGACGCGGUAUAUAUGCUAGAACUUAUAAUCAAUGGGUGCCGAGAAUUUGGUGGUGAUCCAUACCUUCUCCAACUUCACCCAGGACUCGAAAUAGCAUUUGAUGCGGCUAUAUCUAAGGGUUACGAUAAACUCGCGCAGCUUCUGCUGCCGUAUGGUUCUCGUGUCGACAUACUUGUAAUGGCGAUCGAGAACGGAAACCAGGAAAUAAUUGAUAGGGUUCUCACCGGGAUAUCGGAUGCCGAUUUGGAAGAGGUAGUCAGCGUGAAAACAUUGAACGCCGCCUUAAAAUCUGGAAACGAGAAAAUUAUUUCCUUCUUGGAAGAUCAUAAACUUCCAGAUUUUCUAUACAAAAGACGCGAGCUCGGGCAAGCGGUUACGGAUGCUAUCGAAGCUGGAAAUAUCGCGUACGCCAAUAAAUUAUUAGACUCGAACCCUGACGGCAAAAUGGGAGGUUUGCAGUUUACCGAGGCCCUCAAAACUUCUUUAGAAAACGACCACGACGAUUUAUCUUGGAGGCUCAUGGCUGCAGGCGCAGACCUGACUUCGGAUUUUUCCCAGAGUUCCUUUUACAUCGCGAUAAAGAAAAGAAAGACCGAAAUAGUACGAGCGAUAUUCGAAAGUGGCAUUCAUCCAGAAGCAGUCAUUUCGCGCAUUGGCGAUGUUGGUCCGUCAGCUCUGCAACUCAUUCUCGAAUGGGGUGAGGAUUCUAUCUUACAAGAUUUCUUGAAGUUGUGUUCUUGCUGGCGCAGCACAGUAUACUCGCCCCAAGAACUCGAGUUGGCAAUUGAGAAAGGGGGCAUGGAUCUAUUCUGGGCGUUUAUAGAAUUCGGCGUCAACCAACCCUCCUUACAGAACGCCUUAGAAGUUGCGAUAAAGCGUGAGGAUCUUGGGCUGCUUGAUGAAUUACUCAACCUCGGCGCUGAUCCGACCGGCGGCAUCGGUCUCGAAAUAGCGGUCCUUCAAAAGCCUUCAAUGCUGAAGCCGCUUUUGGAUCGAGUGCGAAAAUUCUAUCCACGAGCUCCUUACAACAUAGCGGUCCUCAGAGCACUUGUCCUCGCGUUUGAUGAAUAUCCGCGAACCUCUGGAGUUAUAGAUACUCUCGUCAUAUCUAAGCUUGUCGAUCUAAACGUUAUUGCUGAGUACCCCGAUACGGACGGGAGGCGUACCGCACUUGGCAUCGCGAUUAGGGGAGGCAAGAACAGGUCCGAAGUAAAGCCUCAGGAUAUACAGUUGGUUAAGAAAUUACUGGACAGUGGAGGCAAUGCUAAUAGUAUGACAACUGACGGCUAUCGUUUCAACGUCCGCCAAACUGCUCUCUUGGACGCCAUCGAGACAAGAAGCGCGGAGAUGGUUAAACUCCUCCUUCAAUAUGGUGCAAGAGUAAACGAGCCGGCAACUUUUGGCCUUAGGAGAACCCCCCUGCAAGGCGCAGUCGAAACCGGCAACCUAGAAAUCAUCCGUUUAUUACUUUCAAACGGUGCUGACGUUAACGCGGCACCCGCUUCUCGCGGUGGCGGCACCGCUUUACAACUGGCUGCUAUCGGCGGCAAUUGCACCAUUGCAAUGAUUCUGAUAGAAAACGGAGCUCGAUUUGACAUCCCGCCGCCUCAAUAUGGAUAUGGACGCUGGCCAUUGGAGAGUGCUGCCGAGAAUGGUCGGCUUGACAUGAUUCAGCUCCUGUGGAAUGCCAAUUACGGCCAAUUCGACGACCAACAAUGCGAGAAAGCUAAACGUCUUGCGGAAUAUUCUGGCCAUAAUGCUUGUCGGGAUAAGAUCAAUGACUUGAUGUUUGAGCGACAGGUCAUUUUCCGACCUCAGCUAUUGGACAUGACAACGUUGUAGAUGUUGGUGUAUGCCUAGGUAGUGAGGGGUAAGAUGGAAAGGGACGUGGUUCAAUCUUCACCAAGUGCUACACUGAAUCUGGUCGGCAUAUCGUGACUAAAGAAAUUAGCGUAUAAGACAUAUUAGA